AGAGAAGGGAGGGUUGGGGGAAGUGUGGAAAACCUGAACCUGAGGCGCUGCCACCCGAGCAAGAUUUGGUGGGAGAAGUAGAAGGGAGAAGACGGGUUGGGGGUGAGGUGAGGAGGGCAAAUAGGUCACUGCUUCUGAGCCGCACAAAGUUCUUCGCGAUGUGGCUGAAGCCUGAGGAAGUGCUCCUGAAAAAUGCGCUGAAGCUGUGGCUGAUGGAAAGGUCCAAUGACUACUUUGUGCUGCAGCGACGUCGAGGCUACAGGGAAGAAGGCGGAGGGGGGCUCACAGGGCUUCUGGUUGGGACUCUUGAUUCAGUCUUAGACUCUACUGCUAAAGUAGCUCCAUUUCGCAUCCUACACCAGACACCAGAUUCUCAAGUUUACUUGUCAAUUGCAUGUGGAGCCAACAGAGAAGAAAUAACCAAGCAUUGGGAAUGGUUGGAGCAAAAUAUCAUGAAGACCUUAUCUGUGUUUGAUUCAAAUGAAGAUAUUACUAAUUUUGUACAAGGAAAGAUAAGGGGAUUAAUUGCUGAAGAGGGAAAACAGUCUUUUGCAAAAGAAGAUGAUCCUGAGAAAUUUCGAGAAGCUCUUUUGAAAUUUGAAAAAUCUUUUGGUUUGCCAGAGCAGGAGAAAUUAGUGACCUAUUAUUCAUGCAGUUAUUGGAAAGGACGGGUUCCUUGUCAGGGUUGGCUAUAUCUUAGUACCAACUUUCUGAGCUUCUAUUCUUUUUUGUUGGGAUCAGAAAUAAAACUCAUUAUCUCCUGGGAUGCAAUUUCAAAACUUGAAAAGACUUCAAAUGUCAUACUGACAGAGAGUAUUCAUGUAUGUUCCCAAGGGGAGGAUCACUACUUUUCAAUGUUUUUGCACAUUAACGAAACAUACCUUCUUAUGGAACAACUCGCAAACUAUGCUAUAAAGAGACUUUUUGAUAAGGAAACAUUUGAUAAUGACCCAAUCCUUAAUGAUCCUCUACAAAUUACCAAAAGAGGUUUGGAAAAUCGAGCCCACAGUGAGCAAUUUAAUGCCUUUUUUAGGCUGCCCAAAGAAGAAACUUUGAAAGAAGUACAUGAAUGUUUCUUAUGGGUACCAUUCAGCCACUUCAAUACUCAUGGGAAAAUGUGCAUUUCAGAAAACUAUAUCUGCUUUGCUAGCCAGGAUGGCAAUCUAUGUAGUGUUAUCAUUCCAUUACGAGAGGUCUUAGCUGUAGAUAAGACAGAUGAUUCCAGCAAAUCUGUCAUUAUUAGCAUCAAAGGAAAAGCAGCAUUUCGCUUCAGUGAAGUUAAAGACUUUGAGCAACUAGUGGCAAAGCUCAAGCUCAAGUGUGGGGCAGUUAACACUCAGUGUGAUAUCAGCACAGAGGUUGCUGUUGGUUCUGACUCUACAGAGCCAUCUCAUGAUUUCGAAGUGCCAUCUUCAACAUGUCAGAAAGAAUGCAAUAAAACUGUGAAUACCGAAGCCUUAAUGACAGUGUUUCACCCUCAGAAUUUGGAGACUCUUAAUUCUAAAAUGUUGAAAGAGAAGAUGAAGGAACAGUCAUGGAACAUCUUAUUUUCAGAAUGUGGUCGUGGUGUUAGCAUGUUUCGGACCAAAAAGACUCGAGAUCUGGUUGUAAGAGGGAUUCCAGAGACCUUAAAAGGAGAGCUCUGGAUGCUUUUUUCAGGUGCCGUUAAUGACAUGGCUACAAAUCCUGGCUAUUAUGCUGAAGUAGUUGAACAGUCUCUAGGGACCUGCAACUUGGCUACUGAAGAAAUUGAACGUGAUUUGCGUCGCUCCCUGCCUGAGCACCCAGCGUUUCAGAGUGACACUGGCAUAUCUGCUCUGAGGCGGGUACUCACUGCUUAUGCAUAUAGGAAUCCCAAAAUAGGAUACUGCCAGGCAAUGAACAUUUUGACUUCAGUGUUGCUUCUGUAUGCAAAAGAAGAAGAAGCUUUUUGGCUUCUGGUUGCUGUAUGUGAACGAAUGCUGCCUGAUUACUUUAAUCGUCGAAUCAUUGGUGCCUUAGUGGAUCAGGCAGUGUUUGAAGAACUUAUCAGGGAUCACCUUCCUCAGCUGACAGAACACAUGACCGAUAUGACAUUCUUUUCCUCAGUUUCUCUCUCAUGGUUCCUUACACUUUUUAUUAGUGUGCUGCCUAUUGAAAGUGCAGUGAAUGUGGUGGACUGUUUCUUCUAUGAUGGGAUAAAGGCCAUUUUACAACUGGGAUUGGCAAUACUUGACUAUAAUUUAGAUAAACUUCUGGCAUGUAAAGAUGAUGCUGAAGCUGUGACAGCUUUAAACAGGUUCUUUGACAAUGUCAUUAAUAAGGAUAGUCCAUUGCCUUCAAGUGUUCAGCAGGGUUCAAAUAUGAGUGAUGGAAAAAGCAAUCAUAUUAGAGUGGAUAUUACAGAUUUGAUUAGAGAGUCCAAUGAGAAAUACGGUAAUAUUCGUUAUGAAGAUAUACAUACCAUGCGCUGUCGAAAUAGAUUAUAUGUGAUACAAACCCUAGAGGAAACAACAAAACAAAAUGUGUUGCGUGUUGUAUCACAAGAUGUGAAAUUCAGCCUUUAUGAAUUGGAUCAACUUUAUGUCAUCUUUAAGAAAGAACUAUUCCUAUCUUGUUAUUGGUGUUUGAGUUGUCCAGGAUUGAAGUACCAUGACCCCAGCCUGCCAUAUUUGGAACAGUAUCAGAUCGACUGCCAGCAGUUCAGAGUGUUGUAUCACUUGCUGAGUCCCUGGGCUCAUUCUGCAAACAGAGACUCACUAGCUUUGUGGACAUUCAGAUUGUUAGAUGAAAACUCUGAUUGCCUUAUAAACUUCAAAGAAUUCUCCUCUGUAAUUGAUAUAAUGUACAAUGGAAGUUUUACUGAAAAGCUUAAGCUGCUUUUUAAGCUGCAUAUUCCUCCAGCUUAUACCGAAGUGAUAGCUAAAGAUUCUUCAAAAGGAGAUGAACUUUCCACAGAAGAAUUACUUUAUUUCAGUCAGCUUCAUGUUUCCAAGUCUGCAAAUGAGAAGGAAGCAGAAUCAGGGAAAAAUAGUCCUAAAAAAGGCAAAAGAAAAAUUGAUAUUCAAGCAUAUCUAAAUCAGUGGCAAGAUGAGCUUCUCAAAAAAGAAGAAAACAUAAAACAUUUACCAAGAAUGAAUCAGUCACAAUUUAUUCAGUUUUCAAAGACCCUCUAUAAUUUAUUUCAUGAGGAUCCCGAAGAAGAGUCAUUGUAUCAAGCCAUUGCUGUUGUAACCAGCCUUUUGCUAAGGAUGGAAGAAGUUGGAAGGAAACUACAUAGUCCUACAUCAUCAGCCAAAAGUUUCUCUGCUACAGACUGUGCUUCUAGAGGACCCAGUCAGGGGAAAACAGAGAGUCCUGUGGAGAAAGACCCUUCCUCUCAGAGGGAGGAACCUCAGUGGUCGUUUGCAUUUGAACAGAUUCUUGCAUCUCUGUUGAAUGAACCAGCCUUAGUGAGGUUUUUUGAGAGACCCACAGAUUUAAAAGCUAAGCUAGAAAAUGCAAAAUCCUCUCAGUUAAGGCUUAGAACCAAGAUAUAAAUUUUUCACCUCGCAUAGACAAGUUUACCAAGAUUCCUGGA